ACAUUUUUAUUGUCGUGAAUGAUGUACACAAAUAAGUGACGUUACAUAAUGUUUGAGGAGAUAGUAAUUGACAACUGAAGAAUGUGUACAGGAUACAUCAUGAAGACGAUUUUUAUUGUGUGUGUAAUUAUAUUAUUUCCGUCCCCGUGUCGCUCCAAAUCUAAAGAGGAAUGGAAAUCAAGGAUAAUUUACCAGAUAUUAACUGAUAGGUUUGCAGCGGAAGAUGAACCACAUUCGUGUACCGAUCUUCGAAGUUAUUGUGGAGGGACAUUCCGAGGGAUAGUGGAAAAAAUUAAACUACAUAUCCGGACUUGGUGCCAACGCAAUAUGGAUAUCUCCUAUUGUUGUCAAUACACCGAAGGGUUACCAUGGUUACUGGGCUAAGGAUAUAUACAAUUUCAACGAACAUUUUGGAACAGAGGAAGAUUUUAAAUAUCUGUUGUCUGAAUGCCAUAAAAGAGAUAUAUGGGUUAUGGUUGAUGUGGUGGCUAACCACAUGGGAUAUACAGGUGGUUGUUGCUGGAACGUUGAUUGUGACAAACAACAGCUUGUCAAUUUUACAGGGUUUAAUCCAUUUAAUAAAUCUGAGGAUUAUCACAGUCUCUGUGAAAUAAUGAACUGGAAAAAUCAAACUGAGGUUGAAUUAUGUCGUCUUGCCAAGCUUCCUGACCUAAAUCAGUCAGAUCAGUAUGUCAGAUCUACCUUGCUUAAUUGGAUAAGCGAGUUAACAAAGAAAUAUGGAAUCGAUGGUUACAGAAUAGACACAGUCACAGAGGUGGCAAAAGACUUCUGGUCAGAAUUCCAGGUCGCUGCAGACGCUUUCUGCCUGGGAGAGGCAAGCAGUGAUAAUAUAACGUACACAGCUGAGUACCAAGGCCCGUUAAAUGCUGUUCUCAACUUCCCACUUUACUAUACGAUGAAGAGAGUGUUUACAGAGAACCAGUCAAUGAAAACUCUACAAACUACAUUAGACCAAGAGAAAAUGAAAUUCGAAGAUAUAACAGUUCUUGGAAAUUUUUUAGAUAACCAUGACUUUCAAAGAUUUCUCAGUAUAUCACCAAAUAUAACGUUGUUAAUGAAUAACCUGGCAUAUGUCUUAUUAUCACAGGGUAUUCCUAUAAUUUAUUAUGGUACAGAGCAAGUUUUCAAUGGUGGAAACGAUCCAGAAAACCGAGAAGCUUUAUGGCCACAUUACAACCAAAAGUCACGGUUAUAUAAGUUUAUUUCGCAACUGUCACUCCUUAGAAGAAGAUCUGAUUUGGAUUUUUCCUCAGACCAACAAACAGAGGUGUAUGCAGCUGAUGAUUACUUUGUAUUCUCUCGUGGUGAUAAACACCAGAUUUUAAUAUUUAUUUCAAAUAAAAUCUCCGAUGGAAAUCUGACAAAGAAGUUCCCAGUAAAUGUAUAUAAGGAUGGGACAGUCCUUGUAAACAUUGAAAAUGACAACGACUCUGUUGAAGUAACACACAGUAUGAUUGAGAUAGAGUUGUAUAAGAAUAUGCCAAAGGUUUACAGAUUACAAACAGAUACCAACAGCAGUGAUCCAGUUCGUAUAUCCAUUAUUAUGACAAUGUUGUCGUCUUUGGUAACAAUUGGUAUCUAUUGGGUAGCAUCAUAGUAAGAUACCAACCACAGUGUUCCAGUUCGUGUAUCCAUUAUUAUGACAAAAUUGUCAUCUUUGGUAACAUUUGGUAUCUUUUGGAUAGCACCAUAGUAAAUUUGUCUUUUUUGUAAAAUUCUAUAUUUAUAAUGAUUAUGCAGACGUCCUGAUAUAGAUCUAUGUAAUUGUCUUCUCUGCUAUUUCUAUGUCAUAAUUAUAACAAUAAGUACCAUACAGAGUGCAUAAUAAAUCUUUUUGUGAUAAUUAUAUUGUUUCUAUCAAAUAAAGCAGGGUACAUAUUUUAAUAUUAAUUCUGAUGUGUUCGUCAAUUUAAAGCAUUGUGAGUAUUUUUUAUGUAUUCUAUCGUGUCCGUGAAAUAAAGCAUUUUAUACUGCAACAAGUUGUGUUUAUUUCCUAAAUAUAGUAACAAAGCUCUAUUUUGUAAAAUUUCAAUUUCAUCAUGGAACUCUUUUUUCAUAAUCAGGGGUUCAUUUAGGGAUGAAAAUAAGUAUGAAAUUUGUGUUACAAUUUAAAUAGCUAUCAAUGUAUUCAUUUAAGUUGCAGUAUAAAAACAACAUAAUUUAGGUCAAUGUCAGAAAAUAUAAACUUUUUUGUAUUCGGCACAAAACUGGGGAAGGGCAACCGAGCCCUUCCUAGUUUCUCAGCCUCAUACAAAAAGUUUAUAUUUUUCUGACAUUGACCUAAUAUUGUAUAUGUGAAUAUUUUUCAUGUCCGUAAAAUAAAUCACAAUUAAACUUU